AUGGCUCUUAAAUUGUUUCAGUCUGCCAUGUUUAAUUUGGGGUACUCCAUGGACAACAAAGAAGAACAGUGCAAGCAGAUUGAAGAUUAUCCGAAGGAAGAGGUGAAGAGCUCUGCAAACAAUUUCAAGGCUUCUGAGUUUCAAAUGCCUCUUCACUAUCCGCGUUACAGGAAAGAAGACUAUGAGAAGAUGGAGGAAUGGAGGGUGGACUUGCUUCUCAAGCAAUAUGGAAUAAGUUUCAAGGGCACCCUUGAUGACAAGAGGGCUUUUGCAAUGGGAACAUUCUUGUGGCCAGAUCAAUAUUGA